ACACGGCCACCUAACCGGCCUGCUGCGGAGAGAGAGCCGCUUCUUCGUAAGCAUCUUCAGCAGGCAAAGAGAUCUUACUAUCUCGUUCUCUUUCAACUAACCAGCGGGUAAUUUGACACUUUCACUUGCUGGCUGGUGGAUAGGUUUGAUCGAGCAAAGAGGCGGUUGGUGGGAGCACCUCCUCUUCAGGAUACACGAGAUAGCUAUCUCUAUCGACCGACUGUCACUUCUCACCACUAUGGGUCCUUAAUAGAAAGUCCGUCCUGAACCACGCGACUUCGACCGAGUGCUCUGAUCUACCGCCAUGGACAUCGGUGCCAACGCCUUGGGAUCAUCGCUCCUCGAUGGAUGUUGCCUCGAGGCCGAGCGUGCCGAGAGAGUUGGCAUCGGCCUCGAAGGCCUGCGGAACUCUUUAAACGACAGCCUCCGGCCGCAUCUGACUGGACUGAUCGGAGAAGUUCACUCUACCAGCCGACUGCUUCGUGAUCUAGCAGACCAGUCUCAAAUACAUAUCUCCCGCGUCCCCGUCGUUAUUGACUACCUCAAUGUCAUCCUUCCAUGCCUAUGCAGGAGUCUCCGUGAUAUCACCACAUUCUACGAAGAUCGUUCGCAGCCGCGAGAUCGGAGAUGGAAAAAGAUGUAUCACGAGAUGAGCAGCGAGUUACUCGGCACAACUCUCCCAGCCCGCUUUGUCAUGUACAAUCUUUUCCUUGUGAGCCUGCAGCAUCUGCUGACAAAGUCUCCCAACUUCGACAUGAACGGUCUCGAGUCACUCCGCACGAGAAUACUCCAGCUCAGAGAGGCAAGAGGGAUCCCCCCUCCAAGUCCGAUCCAGCGGUCUCUUAUCCGUCGCAAUGGUGCCCCGAACUUCUGGGCCCAAGAAACGAACUCCCAUUGGGCUGAAUCCAUAUUCACCCAGCCUUUGCCAUCGCGAACCGAGCUAGAGAAACCAGGCCGGACCUUGUCUGAAGCGUAUGGCCCAUUGCAGCGUCUUGGCCAACUGAACAUAUCCCCAGAUGUCAAAAUACUCAUCAAAAGAUCCUUCGACAACGACCGUCUUUCUGUCACAUUUUUCUUAGAGACAAGUGACGAAGCCCCCUUUCUCCUCAUCCGUACGAUGCAGUUCGGCUCGUCGUGGGUCUCCUUGAGAGGCGCCCAUGAACUAUCCAUUCGCCGGGGCACCAGCAACACAUUGACCCUCACCCGUUGGAGCAAGAGUGAAGAGCACUCCAAGCCGUGGGCAAUUUUGUCAUUCAUCACCUGUGAAGAACUAGUUCUAUUUUACUGCACUUUUGUCUGCCUCAAAGCUCGUAGCGUUCUGACGAUCGACCGACAUCCGGAUGAAUUCAAGCUUAGAAAAGAAUCCAAAGUUUUCCAGGCAAAAAUUAUCGAUGAUGGAUAUGAACACAUCCUCAAUGUCUUCCAGGAUCCCCACUCUGGUCGCAAACGCCUUCACGCUUCAGUCUGGGAUGGAGAGUUGAGAUUCUGCCCGGUUUGGACGGCAUUUCUUCCAGAUGCGCCCCCAAAGGAGUGGCUGCUGAAGAAGAGCCGGUAUCGCGUGCAAAUUCGCGAUAUCCAACCGUAUGUGUUCUGUCAGAACUACCGGGCACACAAACAACGCAAGGGCAAAUACGGUGCCUUCGAGUUGAAUUUUGCAAAGGAUGCAGGUGCCACUCAUUUCAAAGAUCUUUUCGACCCUCGACCUCCGCCAACAAUAGUAUCUACCGAGUCGGAUGACUCGGGCGACCCAGGCCCCAGCGGUCAGCAAUGAAGAUCCAACACGGAAUCUCGAAAACAGGCCACACAGUUUUGUUUUAUUUUGCGUUUACUGCGUCACGAUGCUUGAUAUUUUCUUGCUCUACCUUGCAGGUU